CGCCUGAACCUGAUCACAUUACUCUGAAUCCAUGCUUUCUGAUGAACUUGACUCCAAACCUGAGCUGUUGGUCGAGUUUGUGCAGAACGCGUCGAUCCCGCUGGGCCAGAGUCUGGAGGAGUCGGACCUCAAGCCCUCAUGUGUCCCGUUGCUGUCGCCCACACACACCUCCUCAUGCGGCCCACUGGACCUGCCAGAGAGCGCUCUUAGCCAUGCCGGGUCCCCAGCGCUGUCAGAGUUCGGGCCCGAGCGAAGCCCGCUGGUGGUUCAUCUGCAUCAGCCGUCUCCCUCGCCUCCAGCACACACACACACACACACACCCACAAUCCUCCAGGACCUGCAGAACCACGACAGCACGUCCUACGUCCUGCUCAACCUGGCCAAAGGGUUGUCGUCGUCGGCCGAGCCGCUGGUGUUCGUUCAGGACGACGUGGACGAGGCGCAGGAGGAGAUUUCUUCGGGUGACGGUGUGGAUGCCGGCGCUCCAUGGUACCUGCGGGUCCAAGAGCUCGCUCACGAUAGCCUGAUCGCCGCCACACGCGCACAGCUAGCCAAAGAAGCCCGAGCUGGCGGGAACGGUGACCACAUUCACAGCUGUCAAUCAGAGGGGCCUAAAAAAGAUCAGGUUCCUCGAGUCGUUUGCUCGCCGUCAGAGAAGAUCCACCGAUGUCCGUAUGAGAACUGCCAGCGCACCUUUACCUAUCCUGCGCACCUGAAGUACCACCUGAAGACUCACAGGAAUGACCGCACGUUCCGCUGUGGAGCCGAGGGUUGUGGGAAGAGUUUCUAUGUUCUUCAGAGGCUUCAGGUUCACAUGAGGAUCCACAACGGAGAGAAACCCUUCAUCUGCAGUGAGAAGAACUGUGGGAAGAGAUUCACCACUGCUGGGAACCUGAAGAACCACAGACGCACACACACCGGAGAAAAGCCGUUCCUGUGUGACGUGGACAGUUGCGGUCGAUCCUUCGCAGAAUACUCCAGUCUGCGCAAACACAUGCUCGUACACUCCGGAGAGAAGCCUCACGUCUGCUCGAUCUGUGGGAAGACGUUCUCUCAGAGCGGCAGCAGGAACGUCCACAUGAAGAAGAGACACAGCAGAGAAACCGGUGAGGCGCUCACUCACAGCAGUUUGCUGGAGGCUGAUGGAGGCAGUGACUCGAUGGUGAACAUGAAUCUGCAUCACGCCAUGUUACGAACACACGAUUCGGCGGUUCUGACUCCGCCUCCUGACCUGGUCACCAUGACGACAGCACACGCCUACGGUGAUGAUGUGGUGGCGCUGUUGUAGCCGUUGCUUUUGUAAAUAAACUAUUUUAUGAAACUCA